AUGUUCUCUCAACGACUUCUCACUCAAACCUCCUUGUUCUCACUCGCGUCGCUGGCGGCUUCGCAGUCUGCUAUCCAGUUUGAUGGGCGUGUCCCUGCUGGCACUCAGCUCUCUGCAUUUGAUUCAGAGAAUGGUCUAUUCAACCCAAGCAAUGUCUUCGGCAAGAACUUGACCUUCAGCCAGCUCUUGCAGCUGCCCGACGUCCCCCCAUCUCUCUUUGAUGCUGGCACUGUUCCUCUCGAGGUCACCAUUAGCGACCAAUCCAUUUUCGCUCCCAGUGCAACCAAUGUUCAAUUGGGCUUCCGCCGUGCCGAGCUUCUUCCUGCCAGCAACAAUGGUACCGAUCCGUCCACCUCCGGCGUGAAGAGCCUUCACUUCAGCUUGAUGAAGGACACUGCACGUCCGCUGAACCUCUCGCACGAAUAUCAGCUUGCAUUCGUGGAGAGCAACGAUUUCAGCACCAACCAAUUCGUUCUCAAGACCGGCACCCUCCUGGACACAGCGACCCAAGGAGGUGUUGACCCGGACAGCCUGAUCCUGUUUGGUAAUGUCAAGCAGAGCCAGAUCCUCUUCAACACUGCUUUCACCGAGGGCGUCUUCCACAACUUUGGUCUGACCCUCGACUUCAACGCAAACACGACCCAGGUCUUCUACUCUACUGGAAACGAUCCUCUCGCUCAGGUCACUGAGCCACUCACCAAUGACAUCAGCGGCCAGGGCCAGUACCACUUUGGCGUUCUGAAGAAGGGCGUCAACGGUGGUGCUGAUAUUACUAAGGAUGCCUUCCAGCCCUCCGGGAUCAACGAGGGAAUCAUCUUCGGUGGUAUCUUCCAGGAGGACAGCUCUGCCAGCACCAUCACCCUCUCUUCUCAAGCUGGGGCCAACGCGACCGCCGCUGCACCAAAUGGCACAGCCGCGGGAUGCACCAAGAAGAGGUCUGUCGGUAGCAUUGCGGGUCGUCUGCAGUACGUGCGCGAGGAUUGA